CAAACAAAAGUAGCUGUGUUCUAGGGUUCUUCUUCCUAGGGUUUUUUGGCGCGAUGGGGGAGCUGCUGGUGAUGGCGGCCAUCGCGACUUGCGUGAAGAUCCUACUUCUUCCAUCCUACCACAGCACGGAUUUCGAGGUACACCGCAACUGGCUGGCGAUCACGCACUCGCUCCCUGUCGAUCGGUGGUAUGUCGAUGAGACCAGCGAGUGGACGCUGGAUUAUCCCCCAUUCUUCGCGUGGUUCGAGCGCCUUCUGUCGGCAUUUGCAGCGGUAUGGGAUCCCAGGAUCGUGGAUCUCAGCGCAGGGAAAAAUUACGCCAGCGCUUCGUGCCUGUUGUUCCAGAGGGGGAGUGUGAUGGUAGCAGACAGUGUGCUCUACCUUGGACUGUGGAGCUACUGCAAAGGUAUGGCACCAGAUAAGAGGAAGUUGGUCUAUGCAGUGGUCGUGUUUUCUCCCGGGCUCUUAAUCGUCGAUCACAUCCACUUCCAGUACAAUGGAUUCCUUCUGGGGAUUUUGCUGCUGUCUCUGGCAGCGCUCAAGCAGGGAAAAGAUCUUCUGGGCGGAGUGAUUUUUGCCGCCUUGGUCUGCUUCAAACACUUGUUUGCCGUGGCUGGGCCAGUUUACUUCGUCUAUUUGCUUCGACACUACUGUUCUGGCCCGAGAAGGCUGCGCAACUUUUUCCAGCUCGCCAUUUCGGUGCUUGGUGUUGUGGUGCUCGCUUUUGGACCCUUUGCUUACUAUGGCCAGGUAGGCUCUGCUUCCUUUUCGUCACCAUUUUUGUGUACCAGCAAACUUUGUUUUCAGAUCCAGCAAGUUUUAAGGAGAUUGUUUCCAUUUGGACGAGGAUUAUGUCACGCUUACUGGGCUCCAAACAUCUGGGCUAUGUACAAUACAGCAGAUAAAGCUCUGUCUAUCCUUUUCAAGGCUGCUGGUUUUAAAGUAAAUUCCACCACCGCGGCUUACACUGGAGGACUCGUGGGCGAGUUUUCAUCUUAUGCGGUUCUUCCAAGCAUUACGCCGCUGAUAACAUUCGCCAUGGUGUUGUCAUCGCUUGUCCCUUGGCUUUAUAAGAUUUGGAGAAACCCACAGCCUUCCAGAGUUGUCUACUAUAUCACAUAUGCUUACAUGUGCGGCUUCAUGUUUGGCUGGCAUGUCCAUGAGAAAGCGUCACUUCACUUUGUGGUACCCUUCAGCCUGAUCGCAGUGGAAUCAAUGGACAAUGCAAACGAUUAUCUAUUCCUUUCGACAGUUUGCUACUACUCGCUUUUCCCCCUGCUCUACGAAGCCCCCGAGUAUCCCAUUAAGGUGUUGGUCCUGCUUCUUUAUUCCACGCUGCUGUGGGAUUGCUUUUCAAACUAUUUCAGCGUCAAAGUGGACGGCAAAGGCGAAGACAAAUCAAAAGCGUCACGACAUUCAAGGACAGCGUUGGGAAGAUUAAAAUCAAGCUAUUUGGCCGGAAUGAUUCUUAUAGAGAUAUACGGUCAGUUUGGACACCGAUUUCUCUUCCCGCAGCGGCUCGAGUUUCUACCACUGAUGCUGGUGUCAGCUUAUUGUAGCAUAGGCGUCUUCUAUAUAUGGGUGCAGUGGUUUCGGUCUGGGUUCUCCAUCCACGACUGGUCUACUCUACCACCUCCGAAGGACAAAAAAUUUGGAGUCUAGUCCUUGAAUGUAGAGCUAAAAAUCGAUGAUGCGAUGACGGCACAAGUCAACUCUCCGCAAUAUACAUUCGGAAAAUGUCGGCA